GAAAAAGCCCACCUCCCUUUACUCUUUCUAACUCCUGCACCCUUUUUCUCUGGCCAAAGCGGUUUGUUCCAAGGCGUCCACAGUGCGACAAGCGUGUGAGAUAGAGAUAGAGAGAGAGAGAGAGCGAAAACCCUUGAUUCGAGAUCAUACUGUUCUUCUGUUCUCUUUUUUUGAGAGGUAUUGUUUCUUCUACGGCUUUUGAUGGAGGAGAGAGGGGAGGAAAUGGAGGAGGGGAGUUUGAUUGAGAUGUUGGGCUGCUUAGGAGAGGAAGAGGGGUACCUUUUUGGUCCACCUUCUUCUAUAGCUUCUACUUCUACGACGGCUUAUAUGCUCUAUUUUGGUGGGCAUGGGGAGGAUGCUGUUCCCUUUCAUGGGGUUGCCCAGAAAUCAAGUGAUUCUUCUUUGUCCUCCCUCUCCUCUUCUCCUUCUUCUACCACUACUGCAGCCGUCACCAGCUCUAAGUCAUCAAAGAAAAAGUUUGAGAUUAGUGGAGGUGGAGGAAGGAGGACGACCACAGCUAGUAACCCUAUUACCAACACUUCUGUAACGAGUAAGAAGCCUAAGACUGGGGGUUCCACUAGCGAUGGCGCCUCAAUCAAGGUGAGGAAGGAGAAGCUAGGAGAGAGAAUUAUAGCAUUGCAGCAAUUGGUUUCACCAUUUGGCAAGUCGGAUACGGCCUCGGUUCUACACGAAGCCCUUGGUUACAUCCGGUUCCUCCACGAGCAAGUCCAGGUGUCACUCCAUCUCUCACUCACUCUCUCUCUCUCUCAUUACUAUUCCUCUCACCUGCUCCUCCUUGCUCCUGUUGUUUUGUGUCAGGUUCUGAGCUCUCCGUACCUGCAACGGCUGCCAUCUUCUACCCACCUGCAUGAGGGGAAAGGGGUGGAGACGAGGACAAAUGAUCUAAGGAGCCGAGGGCUGUGCCUAGUCCCAGUGUCAUGCACGGAACACGUGGCAAAAACCAACGGCGCUGAUCUGUGGUCCCCAGCCAUGGGAUGCUCCAACUCUUCCUCUUCUUCUUCCCCUACCAAGCGUUAGGCCACUCUUGCUUUUCUCCCAAGCGUUUCUUCUUGGGUUCAGCGUCUGUUUCUUGUGUUCAUUUCUUUUCUUUCCUGUGUUAACCCUUUUGGUUUCAACCCCCGGCCUUGGGCAGCUGCUUCCUUGGUUUUUUUUUGUGUCAGGGAACAGUUACAGAAGAAAAGAAAGUUCAUCCAUAAAAAAAACAAAAAGAAGGAAAGAAAGCUUAGAGGAGAAUAGAAGGGAAUACGGAGGGGUUGAUGGCUAUAACUUAAGAAGAAAGAUAGACGAAGUACAGUACCAUCCCUGAACAAUAUAUAUAUAUAUAUAUAUAUUUAUAUAUAUUAUAAUUCUGUUGCA